GUCCAGUAUCCGGAUGCCGCGAUUCUUCAAGAGGAUGUUCAAGUUCCCGCAGAUGGACUUCGAGAUGGCCAUCUGGGAGAUGACAUCACUCUUGAUUGCCCCAAAGAAAGUCUUCAAGUCGAUCUACUACCAUACCAAAAACACCUGGCAUCGCCCGGACCCCUCAUUCACGUACCUACUCUCAUUCUUCCUCCUGCUGACGGCCCUCGCGUGGGGUCUCGCCUAUGCGCCCUCCUUCGGGGCCAUUGUCCGGCUUUCUCUAUUAUUCAUCUUCAUCCACUUCAUCGGAUCUUCCCUGCUGGUCUCGACGAUCGGAUACUUUGCCAUCCCCCGACUGUUCGGGCCGAAUGGGGCGGCUGCAUCUCUGACGGGGUUCCGAGGAAGUCGUGGCCGGAGACGCGGCGCCGCGCAAGGCCUCUUCACGCAAUCCGGAGAAAAGGACCAGUUGGAGUUUGGAUAUUGUUUCGAUGUUUCGAAUCGGGCGUUCUUCCCUCUGUAUCUUCAUCUCUACGUCGUCCAGUUUCUACUCCUCCCCCUCCUCACCCGCAGCCCGAGUGACUUCCUCGCCACCUUCCUUGGAAAUACCCUCUACCUAUCGGCCCUAACAUACUACACAUACAUCACCUUCCUUGGGUAUAAUGCGCUGCCGUUCUUGCACAACACCGAGCUACUCCUGCUUCCCAUCCUGGCAUUCGUGGUCAUGUGGCUGGUCAGCUUGAUUGCGGGAUGGGGAGUCGUGAUGCAGGGACGGAGCGUCGAGGGAUUGUUUUGGGGCGCAUGAUCCCGUUCCACCUCGGGUUGAGUGUCAUGUAUACCACCACCGGGGUGUUCGUACGCCGACUUGUCUUGAUGACUGCCGUUAUCUAUAACCCCACUUUUUCUGAUUCGUUCUGGCGCCGGUGCAUAUGGUGAUCUUUUGGUAAUAGUCAUUUUCAGCUGGCUUGUGUUAUGUCGGUCUCGAUUAAGGGAACCGAUGGAUUCAGGUAGCAUUCACGUCGUGGCAUAGGUUUCUACUGUUCUUCUCUUCUAUACACGGUGGCCGUUGCCCAUUGCUUGGGCACGGAACUUCGUUGUACUGUACAGCAUAGCUGCGAGUUAUAUAGGUUUCAUACAUAGUUUUCCAAAGAGCCUACUCUGCGGGUCUCAACUGGCAGGAGGACACCAGGACCAGCCCUACAGUUCAGCCCGUUGCCUGCCUGUCUAUUACGUGCUCACGGCAUGUAUAUGCAAGCUAGUCAACCCACAAUGGGUAUCGC